GACGGGCAGAAACGGCUGUUAUUGGUAGAAUCCGAGCUGAGAGAUGUGAAUUCCGCCGAUCCCCACGAUGUCCUACGCUGCUGAUAGGGACAAAGGAAGAGGGCUGGGCACGCGGGGCACCCGUGCCUCGAUGCUUAUGAGAAUGCCCGACGUGACCCCUCACGUGCUUUUGAGGCUUCGCCCACGAUCCUGUGUCUGAGUUCUUUUUUUCUCUCCUCCUACUACUACUCAUUGUUCCGCGCAGUUACCCCAAAGAUUGUCGACCAAUCUUGCUCUUCCUGUGAAAUUGACCUAGUCUCACUAUAACCCAAGCACCACAUCGCCAACCAUGCCCGAGUACGACCAGUUCACCGGCUUCCAGGUCAAGUCGCCUGAGACGUGGACGACGUUCCACAAGCAAAAGUUUGACGCCAAGCCGUUUGCCGACUACGACGUCGAGAUCAAGAUUGAGUGCUGCGGCGUCUGCUCGAGCGACGUGCACACCAUCAACGGCGGCUGGGGCUCGCAGCACUUCAACGACGGCCUCUCGGUCGGCCACGAGAUUGUCGGCCGUGCCCUGCGCGUCGGGCCCAAGGUCACCCUCAUCAAGGAGGGCCAGCGCGUCGGUGUCGGCGCCCAGUCCUGGUCCUGCCUCGAGUGCCGCCAGUGCAAGAACGACAAUGAGACGUACUGCGCCCACCAGCGCGACACGUACGGCGCCGAGUGGCCAGAAUACCCCGGCAUCAUCUCCCAGGGCGGCUACUCGUCGCACGUCCGCACUCACGAGCACUGGGUCUUCCCCAUCCCCGAUGAGCUCCCCAGCCACAUUGCCGCGCCCAUGCUGUGCGCCGGCAUCACAUCGUACAGCCCUCUAGUCAGGAACGGCGCCGGACCAGGCAAGAAGGUCGGCAUCGUCGGCCUGGGCGGUCUCGGCCACUUUGGCGUGCUGUUCGGCGCGGCGCUGGGUGCCGAGACGUGGGUCAUCUCGCGGUCCCGCAGCAAGGAGGAGGACGCCAAGAAGAUGGGAGCGGCCGGCCUGCUGGCGACGUCGGAGAAGGGCUGGAACGAGCCGCACAAGAUGACGUUUGACCUCAUCAUCAGCACGAGCAACAACUUUGGCGAAGGAUUCGACCUGGCGGCCUACCUGUCGCUGCUCGACGUGCACGGCAAGUUUGUGUCGGUGGGCAUGCCCGAGGACUCGACGCUCAAGAUCAGCCCGCAGCAGCUCAACGGGAGCGGGUGCCUGAUCGGCGCGUCCCACCUCGGCAGCCGGCGCGAGAUGCUCGACAUGUUCAAGCUCGCCGCCGAGAAGAAGCUGCACUCGUGGGUCGUCGAGGUGCCCAUCAGCGAGGAGAAUCUCAGCAAGACCCUCAAGGACCUACACGACAACUCGGGCGCCGUAAAGUACCGCUACUGCAUGGUCGACUACGAUAAGGCCUUUGGCGCGUAAAACUGCGCGAGAAAUGGGAUUCUGUUUUGAUUGGAGCUGAGAAAGGGUUUGUCGCCUGGGGAGAAGCUGUGAAGGUGAAUUGGGACCCGGAGUGUCAAAAAGUCAUGGGUUUGGUGGGAGCAUGGUGCGGCGGCGUUGUGGUGCAGGGUGGAUGGUUGUUUGUGGACGUCGUAUGCAUAAAGAAAAACUUCAGUGUGAUACUCUUCCGAGACGAGUACUCAAGCAUUCAUCAUAUUCGCGGCUCUUUGCAAAG